CGUCGUCUGUCAGUUGUCAGUCAAUGAAAGUGUCUUUACUUUAAACGUCAAAAAUUAAUUUGGUUUUUGAAGAGUGAGAUUUUUUGAGAAGUGUGUGGCUGUGCGAAAAAAAAAGUUUCAGGAGUGACAAUUUCUUUACAAAAAUGACGGAUAUGGAAUCCCCCAAGAAGAAUAACGAUUGUUAUUUUUAUUAUUACUCCACAUGCUCAAAGGGUGAUAGUUGUGGUUUCCGACACGAACCAUCAGCAUUAGGCUGUGAAACCAUGUGCUCCUUCUGGAAGGAAGGCAAAUGCUUAAAUAUCCAUUGCAACUUUCGACACAUGGAACUUAGAAAAAACCGUAAAGUUAUUCCGUGCUAUUGGGAGGCGCAACCUGGCGGUUGUUUGAAGCCGCACUGUCCUUUUAUGCAUCAAACCGAUCCGCCUGUCUCAAGCAAUGAUGGAAAAAUUAAUAAGUCUGAACCGAGUGCCCUUCUUCCAGAAAAUUGCACCCAAGCCGGCAACUACUCAUCUUCCGUUGACAGCAUCGUUGUCAAUUUCGAAGAAGAGUCCGACAAUGAAACAAGUCCAACGAUGUUUCCUGUUCCUGUCGCGUCUAAAGUGAAGACUCUCGAGGAAAUCAAAUUAGAAAAAAUUGCUGCAGCUUGUGCUGCUUACUAUUCAUAUCCUGAUGAAGAGAUGCCCGAGUACAGUAGCUCUCACCAACAAACGCCUACACUAUCCAACGACGAUUUGCGACAAAGAAUUUUACAAAAAGUAAAAGCCAAAGACAACUCCCAAGAACAAAAACUCAGCCGGAAGCAAUUAGCGUACAUUUUAGGCGAUAGCUCGUUGAGCAAAAAAAAACGAGCCGAUUCGGACCCUUCGGACAAAUACCCGCCUCAAAAAAAACGAAAAACUUUACCAACAACAGAAGUAGAAAAUAAGGAAAUUAAAAUAAAAACUUUACAAGAAAUUCGUGCGGAGAGACAACGAGAAACUAAAACGAACCAACAGGAAACCAAAACGAACGAAAUUGAUGAUUCUGAAGUGACUAGCACAAGUAAUGAAGACAAUGAACAACGAAAAGUUGAAAUAAAACCGCUCAGAAGGCUUAAUUUAAGGAAAAUUAUAGUAAAUAAGCCUGCACCGGAAGCAAUAAGUGAAAAUGUUGAAAGUACAUCUAAAAACAUAGAAAAUAUUGAAAGUGAUGAUAAGCCGCCAAAAUUAGAGAAGUCUUUAUCGAAUAAAACUGUUGAGGAAUCUUUGCUUUUGCUGGACGAUGAUAUGGAUGAAGAAGAAAAUAAUGAUUUUAAUUUAUCAGUGAAAUCUGAGGAUGAUCUUUUUAAGGAAAUUGAUCAUUUGCUAAAAAACUAAGAAGAAAUUUAUUAGAAACUUAAGAGAAAAAAAUACUUAUUUUAAUUAUCUAAUAAACUGUUUAAUUUAUUAAUCGAAAUCUUUUUACUAUGUAAAAGGCUUUGGUAAAAGGCCACUUUGACAUUUUUCAAAAACAUAUAUUUAUUCACAACUGUCAACUGAUCUUUUCGCGAUUUCUUUACUUAGCCCUAGGCAACUCUAUAUUAUAGUCUGUACUGCCUAAUGACCAUUAUGUAUUGUUUACUUAAUCUUCUCUGACUGUAGACUAGCUAUACACGCAGGACCAGGGCUGGGAUCACGACAAGUAGCAUUCUACUUUCAUGACGUCACCC